ACUGACACCAAAAUUUUGAUCAUUUUUUUACGUAAGUGGGCUGUUUUUAUUUGUAAUUUCAACAUUAAAAUGGUCCAAGAAAAAGAACCGGAUGAUAAUUUAUUUAGAGCGUUUGCAAGUGCUCUUUACAGAACAAUAGAUGCACCCGUAACAUGGUUUCAUGACAAGGUAGUAGAGCCGAAUCAGAAAAAGUAUCCUUGGUACCAUCAGAAAUAUCGUCGAGUCCCGACUAUCGACCAGUGCUAUACCGACGACGUUCUAUGCGAUUUUGAAGCAAAUGUUCAGUUCAAACGGGAUAGAGCUGUUGAUUCAGAAAUAUUGGGCAUCCUCCGCCAACGAUACGAAGAUUGUAUGUUGUAUGAGAGACCUGAUCAUCUAACAAUCUGCAAACCUUUUUGGGAAAAAUAUAAAGAUGCUGAAGAAGCAUGGUUUAUCAAGUAUGGCGAUUUAGGAGCUUAUGGUGAUGCUCGCAAGGCCUACAUGAAGCAAAAACAUCGCAUGAUCUGGGAAAGACGUCACGGACCGCUUUCCGAUCAAACUAAGUAAAUAUUUAUAUUAAUUGCUUGAAUCAAUUGUACUCUUAUAUCUAAGUAGAUAUUGUAAAAUGCAAUAUUAAAGUUAAUAAAUUUUAGCGACUUUUU